AUGUUUUUUCACACAUUAAGACGUUUAGCCGUCUCGAAGGCGGCAAUUGAGAGUUACAUUGAUUAUCUUCGAAAUGCGGACCGAGAAUUGCCCGCAUUAAGCGAAAUUCUCCCGCGGCAUCAGGCGAAUACUAAAGAACUUUUACAGUUUCACUCACUUUUAUGUGAAGUAAUGCAAGAAAACGGCUUUAAUUUUAUGGGCAUUAAGGUAAUACCUCCUUCCUCAGCUGCUUUGCAGUGUUUGAGAUGGACUGACGCCGUUUGUGUUCCGCUUUUUUCAAAUGCAUUUCAACAAACUGAUUUUUCAGUGAAACAACAGCGGAUUCACUUUGUUGAACCGCUUUUUGUUUUGCGCUUGGGCCGUGAUGCGCCGUCUCAGUUGACAGCAAAUGCGGUUGUUGCCGUAUGUGAUACAUUUCGUCCUGGAAUCGAGCUUAAUGGGUCACGUUUUCCUUUUUAUCCUCCUCAUGCAACGGGAUUUGCCGCAGAUUUAGGAGGUUGCAUUGGUGUUUGUCUUGGUGAAGAGACUGAUCUUGGCAAUACUUCUUUGGAUACAUUGGGGAAUCAUUACUUUGUGAUGACUCGAAAAGACGAGCCUCUUCAGGUUGGAUCCGGAAAAAAUUGUCUGGGUGGCCCUUCUGCGGUGGUGGCUUUAGCGGUAUCUUACGCAGCUUCUAUGGGGAAGCCUCUUCGUACUGGACACUACGUUUUUUGUAGUGGAGUGGGAUCGCGUUCUCCGGCCGUGCCAGGUGAAUAUAAAGUGAAUUAUGGUGUGUACGGUAGUGUGAUUUGCUCACUUUCUUGA